AAGUGAGAGUUGAAGAUCGACUGUGACAAUGGAGACACAAAAAAUCCUUAUGAGGAGUUUGGCUAUUGUUGUUAUUGUAUCUGCUAUAUGGGCUGUAACAGAUGCUGAUUAUAUAAAGGUGAAACCUGUAUGCUGUACUUCAGUCUCCACAGUACAAGUGACUGAUACUAUCAUCAGUGUCAGCAUCCAACGUGGCAAUGCUCCAUGUGUGAGGGCUGUCAUCUUUGAAACUGAACGGGGGUAUUUCUGCUCUGAUCCCAGACAGUCAUGGGUGCGGAGGAAAGUUCAGCAGUUUUUCAGAACUGUAAAAACCAAUCAACAGACAUCCACGCCAGCAACAACAUCAUCUAUUAGUGGGCAAACUAAUGGGGAAGGAUCUGCUUAAGCUUCUGAUAUAUCAUAAAUCAUUAAUAUCUAAAAUUAAACUCUUCA